AACGGAAGCAAGCUCACGUGGACAAACAAACCUUUUGCGUGUGUGUAUGUAUGUAACGGGUGAGACGAGGGCCUUUAAGUCCGUAUAGAUGUGCUGAAACCAAUAACGUGGAUCGUUCGCCACCUCCCUUAGAGGAAUCCGUGCAUAUCAAUGCAAGCACAUACGUGCAUAUAUCUAUGGGGAUUCAUGUGCCUGUUUGUUUGUGUAUGGGUUCUCUCUCUCUUCCACCGUGUGGCCUGUGUUUCUUGGAAAAGACGGAACGACCGUGAAAAGAUAUGUUUUCCGGGGGUGUGUCUGAGGCGGAUCUCCCAGCAGUGUGUACUCGACGGGUUAGGGCCUGGGGCUAGGCGAACUUGCUUCUUUGAAGGCAAGCUGCCGAGUGCCCCCUCUGGUGAUCUGUUUGACCAAGGGAAGAGCUUGUGUCACGAAGGAUUGUGGAGCCUUUGAUCUUUCAGCCGCUUUCGUUUGCACGGGGACAUAGUGGAAAGUCGAGGAGCGCGGCGGCCCUCUGUCAGAUACCAAAACUCGCAAAAGAAGCAGGGAGAAACGCGGCCGAGGAGAACGGAAGAACUCCUCGAAGAACUGGGAAGACGAGAAAGAAAAACGUAGAGAGGGUAUACGCACUGCAGAGGCGAACACGAACGGACACACGGACGCGCCAAAAAGGCAAGAGAAGUGCGCGCGAAAACCGCCAAAGAGAUGCAGAAAGAGCCAACGGUCUGGAGACUCUCAAAAGCCGAUAAUGGUAUACAGAGAUGCGGAGAUUGUAUAUGCAGGAAAUGUCAGUGGUCACGGAACAGUAAAAAACUGUAUGCUGGAGUAACGGCUCAGAGAGGUGAACAAGUGACAGGCACCCCCGGCUACCAACUGCUGCGAAGCCGGCAGUCUGUGUCAAUCAUUGUCAUCCGAAGCUGGACAGAUGAGCAGGCAACAGGAGCGUUUCUGCGGCGAACACAAAAGAAAGCGCUCCACAGACUUCCCGUUGUGCUCGCCGCGCGUCAGUAUCUCAGCGCUCCGAACCUCUCUGAACGAGUGAUAGUGGGAAGGGGCGAGGCAGGAAAAGGAGUCUUCUGGUCUCUCUUCUCUUGUAUUUUCGUUUUUUGCCACGCGGAAAGUGUCUCAAGAAAGACCCCUGCAAAAACCUAAGAUGCUCGAACUCGAACCCCGCUGUCCACUGUAGCCUACAGAACAGGGUGUACUUUCGUUUCCCAGAGUGCAGGCUGUCUUCACCUACAGACAAACCUAGACGCCUUUCCCGCAGGAAACGCAAAUCUUUCGAUUUCCACUCUACCAUAAUACCGACUUCCUGACUUGCACAUACAGAGUAUUUUUACCUGUAAGGCAACUGCCCCUUUCCACGCCUAUCCGUGUGUCACAUCCAUUCUGAAAGAGGCACCUUAAUGUCUUCCUCUCACUCACAGACAGCAAAGCGUUUGUAGCUUCUCUGCUUGCAGUGGUCGCCGCUGCCAUCGCAGAUCGGCUUAUACUCGGACACAGUCAGAGAGCAGCCUUGAUUCGAACACUUUCGGAGGGUUGACGAAGGAAGGCGAGAACGGCAAACCCC